AUGCCCGAACGUACGCAUGCCCCGAUGAUGACUACGGGGUUCUGCCCUGCACCUGACACAGCUACCGCCCCCACGCCUGCAGCGCUUCCAAACACGCUCGCCGGGCCUCAAGUAGACGACAUAGGCGGUAACGCCACUACUCGGGACGACACGAUGAUGGGCUGCGACACGGGGGACGUCCUCACGCACGGGACGCCGGAGGCCCUCCAGGGAGCUGCGCUUGAACGCCUGUUCGUUAAGUGCCUUCCGGCGCAAGUCUAUCCCUGGAUCUAUGCACCGAGGACGGACGCCCUGCUCCACGAGGACGGGUGUGAUGGUUGCGAUUGGUACGAAGGCCAUCUCAAGUGUGCACGAUUCUACAACAUCCCCUCCUUCGUACAAGCAGAGGCCGAACGGCGCUCCAUGUGCUGCACCAAAUCCUAUCAAGAUGGCCGUGCAGAUGGCAUGGCCGAGCUCCACACGUAUGUGACGCCCCCGCUCUGCGACGUCGAAGAGUCCUUGCGAGCCAAGAUCCGCCGGCUGGAGGCGUCGGAGCGUGAUCUACGCUUCCUGCUUGCCAAACUGAAGCCAGUGCUGCCAGGCCAUGCGGUGGGACUGCUCGAGGAGUACGAUACCGACCCAGGUGUCAGGAUUGGCGUCGACGCGGCCCUCGCAGCGCGGGAUCCGACCGCGGAGCUUGCGGACCUCUACUACGACAUUCUCAACGAACACCGCACCAACAAGCGAGGCGCAGCAUCGCGCGAUCUGGCAGCACAGUGCAGCGCGAUCAAGGAUAUCCUCAACGCAAACGCGCCGCGGUCUGACUCUAGAAUGGAGCCCCGUACGGGAGACCUCCUGCCGCCGCCGCGUUCGGAACCACGGGAGAUGGUGUCCAAGGCGCCGGACGUGCCAUCCGGUCCACGACCGCUCCCCGAGGAAGAUGUCGAGAUGGCCGAAGCACACUACCACCGCGCUGCGUCCCAACCGGCGCGGUCCACUCGGAAGCAACCAUCAAAGCUGAGCAAACAGGAACAGGUGCUCGACGAAAUUAUCGACCGCUACGACACAGCGCACGAAGAACCUCAACGCGGUCGCACCCCGGUGCCGCGCACGCAGGCCACUCCCUCGCAGACCCAUGCACCCCCGCCGCGCGGCCGCACGCCCCCACCGCGCGCUCGUACGCCACCCGCGCCGCGCGGCCGCACACCUGCAGCUCGCCCGCGUACGCCGCCUCCACGUCCACGGCAUCGUCGCCCUCGCUCGCAGGGACGACCACCACGUGGAGAGACCUACGUUGCCUCGGGACAUCGCACUGGCAAUAACGGCUCCAAUGGAGGCCCAAGCACCGCACAAGAGGCGUCGCCAGUGGGACGCGGAAGGCAGGAUGAGCGCGUGUCACCCACGUGCCGUCCGCGCUCCUACGACCGCAACAGCCGACCUCAGGACUCGUUCAGACCGAGGACGCUGUCGAGGGGGGGAGGGGGCCCGCCACCGCCAAACGCGGCAGCAAGCACGGGCACCACCCAGAACAUCCCCGCCAAACGUAGGAUCGAAGACUCCAUCCACGCAGACGUGAAGCGUCCCAAGACCAACGAUGCCCAGCCGCAAAUGACGCCAGUCAACGUCCCAACACUCAGCGAUGGACUGAAGGUGUGGAUGGACUACUGGGAAACAAAGCCAUCGCAACCCCGUGGUGUACGUCGCAUCGCCAAAGGCAACGUGAAGAUCAACCCAUUCACGAUGUCCGGACACAUCUGGACGCAGAUUAUGUCACGCAAGUACAUGCUCACUCACCAUGGAACACGGACACCGUUCCUCGAGUCACUGGCGCAAGUCCUAAGCGACGAAAGACGUGCGAUCAAGAAGCAGCUCCGCAAAGGUACAGUACAAGAGUACCCGAAGAUCUGCGAGUGGCCGAAUAACGAGCUGGCCGACUUCGAUACUGUCGUACGCGUGUGUCAAGACUCGCGGCUGACAAAAGCCGAUCUCACCAGUGUACUGUGCAUCUGGGCCCGCGCAUUCCUCCAGGAGGACGACUCGGACCCGGACGAGGAUGAGCCUGCUCGCGCGGCACCUCACAGUAGCAGUAAGGAUCAGUCAGCCGCCGCGAUGGAGGAGAACCACCCCAUGGACGCUGCCAACUCAUUGGCUCGCGACGCAGCACCCUUCGCGUACGGAGCAUCCCCUGCCACGCACGACAGCUCCGUCACGAGAGGCGAACUUUCCGCGGCCUCAGCGUCAGGAGGAGCUAGGAACGGACAAGAACGGCGCGGCACACCCCAUCCCGGCUACCCACAGCGCGCGGCCCGCUCUCCCAACAUCGCUCGAGAUGAGGAGAUGGCCAACGCGUCGGACGAGUAG